AUUGAAUUUUGCGGGAUAGAAUUCAAAACUCAGGCAGCUAAUGACAGCUUAUUGCAAUAUCAACAAUCAAAAAACAUUCGUAUUAACGCUACUAUGUUGAAAGGCAUCACAGGAAUCACAAAAGACCAUUGUAUAAGCAAUAUUUACAUGAAUUGGUGGGACACCAAUGGGUAUAUCAUACAACUGUUCAAACAAAAAGAUUACUUUGUUGCACAAUGUAUUUCUUCGAUGCAUAUCCCAAGUUCUCUAUUGGAGCUUGAUGACUUUAGAACGACACUUAAACAUUUGCUCAAAUGGCGU